UUUGUCGAACCCUGAGAGCUCGACACUAGAGCUUCUGAGAACUCUCUCUCUCUCUCUCUCUCUCGAUUGUCAAUGGCACCUCAACACGUGAAGUACCACUCGUGUAAUUCAAAGCGUUUCGGACACCCACUGUGAACUGGUUCCUCUGCGCUAACUGCCAAAGAGAGCAUGAGUCUGUGUCCCUCUUUAAGGACGCUCACAAAGUCUCGGACAAAGCGAACACUGGACGCUCUCAAGCUCUACCAUUUCACAUACCACACCAAUCCUCCGUCGCAAUCACAUGCUGCCAUUGCCUUUGACCCCAAAACUCCACCUGUAGAGUGUGGCUCAGGCAGCGUUCGCCAUGCACGCCACCUGCUCGACAAAAGUACCCAGGAAGACCUUUCGCAAUAUAAUCACUUGCUUUUCGAGUAUUCUCGCGCUGACCGUAACCAAGAGGCUCUCCAUCUCUUUGUGGGACUUAAUCAUUCAGGUUUACCUGUUGAAGGGUCGACCCUGUCGUGUGUGUUGAAGGUCUGCGGAUGCUUGUUUGAACAAAACGUGGGCAGACAGGUGCAUUGCCAAUGUAUAAGAUCUGGGUUUGUGGAGGAUGUUAGUGUUGGGACUGCUCUUGUUGAUAUGUACAUGAAAACCGUGAAUGUUGGAGAUGGAAGGAGAGUUUUUGAUGAGAUGGGUGAGAGAAAUGUGGUGUCGUGGACUUCGUUGCUCGCUGGUUAUGCAAGGAACGGGUUGAGCGUUCAGGCCUUAGAAUUGUUCUUUCGGAUGCAGGUUGAGGGUAUUAAGCCUAACCCAUAUACUUUUAAGACUGUUUUUGGAGCUUUGGCAGAUGAUGGUAUGGUUGAGACGGGAAUUCAACUUCAUGCAAGUGUUAUAAAGAAUGGUUUUGAGUCUACCAUGUUCGUGUGUAAUUCUUUAAUUAGUAUGUAUUCAAAGUCGGGGAUAGUCGGAGAUGCUAGAGCUGUGUUUGAUAGUAUGGAGAACAGGGAUGAGGUUUCUUGGAAUGGGAUGGUUGCAGGUUAUCUGACAAAUGGGUGCAACUUGGAAGCUCUUGAAAUGUUUUAUCAAAUGAGGCUUGUGGGUUUAAGGCUUACCCAGGUGAUAUUUGCUACUGUGAUCAAGCUAUGUGCUAACCUUAAAGAACUGGGUUUUACAAGACAGCUUCAUUGUCGGGUUCUGAAAAAUGGGUAUGGAUUUGAGCACAAUAUUAGAACGGCGCUUAUGGUAGCUUACAGUAAGUGCAAUGUUAUGGAUGAUGCGUUUCAACUGUUCUCUAUGAUGCAUGGAUUCCAGAAUGUUGUGUCUUGGACGGCCAUGAUCAGUGGGUACAUACAGAAUGGUGGAAGAACGCAAGCAGUGAAUUUAUUCUGCAAAAUGAACCGGGAAGGUGUUAGACCAAACCAUUUCACUUAUUCUACCAUCCUUACAGCUCAACCUGCUAUUUCUAUCUUCCAAGUACAUGCACAAGUCAUUAAAACUGAUUACGAGAAAUCACCUUCAGUAGGAACUGCACUUCUAGAUGCUUACAUUAAGAUAGGCUAUGUUGAUGAAGCUGCAAAAGUAUUUGAAUUAAUUGAUGAGAAGGACAUCGUGGCAUGGUCUGCAAUGGUAGCGGGAUAUGCUCAAAGAGGAGACACUGAGGGGGCUGUUAAAAUUUUUCUCCAGUUGGCAAAAGAAGGGGUCAAACCAAAUGAGUUUACCUUUUGUAGUGUCAUUGAUGCCUGUGCUGCACCUACAGCAGCUGUAGAGCAAGGAAAACAAUUUCAUGCGUGUUCAAUCAAAUCAGGAUUAGCUAAUGCUUUAUGCAUAAGUAGUGCUCUUGUUACCAUGUAUGCCAAGAAAGGAAAUAUUGAGAGUGCAAAUGAAGUUUUCAAGAGGCAAGGUCAAAGAGACUUAGUUUCAUGGAACUCAAUGAUCUCUGGAUAUGCACAACAUGGUCAUGGGGAGAAGGCUCUUCAGGUAUUUGAGGAAAUGAGAAGAAGAGACUUGGAAAUGGAUGAUAUAACAUUCAUUGGAGUCAUUUCUGCAUGUACUCAUGCUGGUUUAGUGGAUGAAGGUCAAAGAUACUUCAACAUGAUGGUCAAAGAUCACCACAUUGAUCCAACAAUGGAGCAUUAUUCUUGCAUGGUUGAUCUAUAUAGCCGUGCAGGACUUCUUGAAAAGGCCAUGGAUAUUGUAAAUCAGAUGCCAUUCCCUGCAGGUUCAACUGUGUGGCGGACAGUCUUGGCUGCUUGCCGUGUUCACCGCAAUUUAGAGCUGGGAAAACAUGCAGCAGAGAAGCUCAUUUCACUUCAGCCUCAAGACUCAGCUGCGUAUGUCUUACUAUCCAAUAUUUAUGCUGCAACAGGAAAUUGGCAAGAAAGAGCUAAGGUGAGGAAGUUGAUGGAUCAGAGAAAUGUAAAAAAGGAAGCUGGGUACAGCUGGAUUGAGGUUAAGAAUAAGACCUACUCAUUUUUGGCCGGUGAUCUUUCACAUCCCCUGUCAGAUCGUAUUUAUGCUAAACUUGAAGAGUUACGUAUCGCAUUGAAGGAUGCGGGUUAUCAGCCUGAUACAAAUUAUGUGCUUCAUGAUGUUGAAGAAGAACACAAAGAAACCAUCCUUUCUCAGCACAGUGAGAGGCUGGCCAUUGCUUUUGGGUUGAUAUCUACACCUCCAGGAACUCCUAUACAGAUUGUGAAGAACCUUAGGGUCUGUGGAGAUUGUCACACUGUUAUUAAGUUAAUAUCAAUGCUUGAAGCCAGAGAUAUUGUUGUGAGGGACUCAAACCGAUUCCAUCACUUUAAAGGAGGUCUAUGCACUUGUGGGGACUAUUGGUGACACUCUCUUGGGGAAAUGGGUUUUAGAUGAAGUUUUCUGAAAUUAUCUCAUGCCAAAGAUAACUCCUAGGCAAAGGAGGCACAUAAUGUCUAUGCGCUUCAAAUUUAUGUUGGCAAUGUUAUGGUUUAGCUUACCAGACUUUAUGGCCGCUGGACUCCAUGAAGGUUGAUAAGAUUUCAAAAUUGCUGCAACUGCAGAAACAUCUGGGCAAGACAUUGAGGUGCCA